AUAUCAAUCCGCAAACAUGGCGCUAUCCUUGUGAAGGAUGGUGUGUGGUUGUUGGGUGUUUGAAUAAUUGAGCGUAGAAGAUGGAAACUAGCAAGAACAACUCUUCAUUACUGUUUUAUCAUACUGUUGUAGAAGCUAAAGACGAAUUAGAUGAGAAACUUGAACGCUGCUAUUCUGUUUUAACGAGUCUCAUCAAUGGAGUUUCCGAAAAAGAAGCACAUGACACGCUUAAUGCUACAAUAAGUAAAGGAUUACAGAAUCACGAGGAAAUUAGUUUGGGACUUGUAGUUGGUAUCAUCACUGACCCAACCAAUGCAGCAAGGUAUUACAGAGAUCUCACCUACGUUACAAGAGAUGGUCUUGCCUUAGUUAUUGGUUAUUUAACCCAAAUCAUUUUAGAAAAAUACACUAAACUUCAGGACACUAGCAGAACACAGCUUAUUUGGCUUUUAAGAGAAAUGAUUAGAAACUCAGUUCCUGGAGUCGAUGGUUUAUGCUACAAUCUUCUUAGGCAAAUAGCAGGAGGAGAUACAACACCAAAAAACAUUUGGCUGGCAGAAUCCAUGCUGGACAUUUUUAUUGAAAAUAGGGGAUGGUUAGAAAAAUUUUCUUUACUGGUUGCUACAGCAGUGUACACUUACUUAAGGUUAAUUGUUGACCAUGGGGGUCAAAUACUGGCUAUCUUAAGACAAAGAGAAGUUGAUUUCUGUAUUUCUCUACUAAGAGAAAGAUUUACAGAGUGCAUGAUGAUUGGUCGAGAUCUUGUGAGAUUACUUCAAAAUGUAGCAAGAAUAUCAGAAUUUGAAAAAUUGUGGCGUGAUAUACUUUUUGAACCAACAUCUCUAGCUCCAAGUUUUACAGGUGUCCUUCAGUUGCUGACAACAAGGACUUCACGGAGAUUUCUUCAGAGUAGGCUAACGCCAGACAUGGAGAGGAAGAUUGUAUUCUUAACUUCACAGGUCAGAUUUGGUCAACAGAAAAGGUACCAGGAUUGGUUUCAGAAACAGUAUCUUUCCACUCCUGACAGUCAGUCUCUUCGCUGUGAUCUCAUCCGUUUCAUCUGUGGAGUUAUCCAUCCAUCCAAUGAAGUGCUUUGUUCUGACAUCAUUCCUCGCUGGGCUGUGAUUGGUUGGCUCCUGACAACCUGCACAUCGAAUGUUGCAGCUUCAAAUGCCAAACUUUCUUUAUUUUAUGACUGGUUAUUCUUUGAUGCUGAAAGGGACAACAUCAUGAAUAUUGAACCAGCAAUUCUUGUAAUGUAUCAUUCCAUGAGACCUCAUCCAGCCAUCACUGCCACACUGUUGGACUUUCUGUGUAGGAUAAUGACAAAUUUUUACGUACCUUUAACUGGUCAAGUAAAGCAAGGAAUCUACUCUUCCUUGAGACAGAUUCUUGAAAAAAGAGUUUUACCGUCCUUAUCUCCCUUGUUUGAUAAUCCUAAACUUGACAAAGACCUUAGGGCAAUGGUGAUAGAAAACUUUGGUGAAUUUUGUUCUGUUAGUGAUGUAAAACCAGAAGAACCUCUCCAGCCUAGAGAAUCUGAAGUAGUGAUAAUUGACGGGAAUCACACUGGUAAUUUGAAUAAUUCAGAAAAUGAGGCUCAGUUUAGCGAAGAUGAAGAUGAUAUACCUUUAGACAAGUUAAGAGUUCGAGAUAUCAAGUUUCGGCCCAUUAAAGAAACAUCCAAAGUAGAACAAAUGGAUAUCGGUGAAUAUAUAGACCAGCUUUCGGGGGACAUUAAGAAAUGGGUAAUAAACCUCAAAAACGAGAAGGUCUGUGAAACAAGAUGUGAAAUGGUAGAAAAGUUGCUUCAGGCCAUCUUACAAGGAAAUGACUUUGACCAGGACACUGCCUCCACCCUUGGCAUUUGUUUGGCACAUAUCCUCAAUGACGAAUUUACGAGAAAAAUAUUUCCUCAAGAAGUAGACGACGAGUCAUUGGAAGACUCAAUAGGAACACCUUUGUUUGUGAUGUUUAGAAACCUAUGCCUAACACCAGAAGAAGACCCAAGCAGACAACCUCAGUUGAUGGUCCUUGCCGAGAUUGCUAUGCAUCAGCCCAAACUUGGUUGCAUGUUGCUAUACUUUGUGAAGGCAAGCAAGAUACAAGAUACUAAUAUGUCAUCGUACCGAGAUUUAGUCAAGUCCCUUGAUUCCAAGGACCUUUCAUCAUCUCUCCUGGAUGAUCUAAGGAUGUGCCAAGAUGAGGAUGUCCACAUGUUUUGUUUUCUGAUACCGGACAUCUACACACAAUUUCCAAAUAUUGCUGUAGGAAAUGCUGAACUUUUAAAUCUCAUAGUUUCAUGUAUAGAUGCCUCACAACUUCAAGAUCUUAUCUGCCACAUUCUCCAAGGAUAUAUGAUUCUCUUUCGUAAAGAGUCCUUCCUUUCUGUUCUUAAUGCCAGUCUUGAAUGGGAGACUUUUGAGCAGUUCUGUUUGUGGCAACUUAUAGCUGCCCACAACAUCCCUGUUGACUACAUCCUCCCAAUCCUUCCCAAACUAGAGUACAAUGCUCAUGCAGAAGCCUUAACCAGUAUACUGCUUAUGUUGAAGAAAGAAAAACCUUCAGCUGAAUUACUCAGGCAUAUCAUGAGCCGGCAAGUGAGGCCUAACGACCAUUUUGUGGUGUCAGUGCUGAAGUUUUGGUCUCAAGAACACGAAGAGAAACUUGCCGAGCUUGUUAGUUCUCAGCUAUCUAAAGCCACAUCUACACCAAACAAACGGAAACGGAACCAAGCCAAUAAAUCUCAAGCCCCAUCUGUAGACCAAACGUUAGCACAUUUAGACCAGCUCCGACAGCACUGUAAACAAACUUCGUUCUUUAAUCAAGAAAUGGUACAAGCUUCCCUAUUGCACGUUCAGAUAUCCUGCAGUGAAGGACAAAAAACUAAAUUUAGUGAUCUAUUUGCUCUGACGGAAGAGCUGGAUAGUAUGAGGACAAACAAAUCAACCCGUGGGAAAGGAAAAGGACCGAAAGGGUCCACAAAGUAUAAGCAGCCAGUGGUCGGUGUAAGUGAUGCUACAUCUUCCGAGGAUGAAGAAACACUUAAACCAAAACCUCCACGGAAAAAGAAAAAAGCAGCUGUGGUUGGCUCUGACUCCGAUUGAGAUUGAAUUGGCAGGAGAACUCCGACUUUCUGGAAGCUCUUAUGCUUCUGACAGCCCAAAAGAAUUCGUCGUGAAGGCGACAAGGAUGCUCAUUUUAAGAUCAAACCCUCCUUUUUAAGGAGUGGCCACAAAAUGGACUGUACACAACUACCGAAAACAGUCCAGCCGUACCCUUCUGUGUGAGGAGUGGCCGUACAAUGGGCUGUACCAAAGCUUCCCAAGCAGUCCUGCCGUGGAUGAAGGAGAAAGAGGUGACAGUUCAACGAGAAAUUGCCAUUCAUCUGUAUCGUGAAACAAUAACUCUACAGACUUACACUAUAUGUCUUAAAGACAAGAAGUUUGAAACUGUUACCCUCUUUUGAUUUGUAAAGGUGGUUAGCUUAGAAAUACCAUUAUAGUUUAAAUAGUUAGCCCGGAUUGUAAGUUUUGUAAAAAAAAAAAAA